GUAUUUGGAGUAUGCGUUUCAUUGAAUUAUGUUUAUGCUUACCUUUUUUAUUUUUGGAACUACGUAGUAAUCACUUUUUUUUUAGUAGGAAACACAAAAAUCUAUUACAAACUCAAGCUGGACAUGACAUAACCCACAUACAACGACAAGAAUUUCCCAAGUGGUUCAAAGAGAGGGUAAAACAUUUAUAAUUUUUCAACAUUUACAACUUAAACAAAAUUAAAGUUUUAUAAAAUGUCGUCAUUCAUAAAUUAUUUACUUAUUGUUUGUUACAUGUAAUUGUAGAUAAAUAGAUUGAGAAUGGAAGAGUCAUCAGAGGCAACUGAUGAAUUGUGGUCAUUAGCAAAUGGUCCUAAUUUGCUUGUGAAAGAGUACUCAAGUUGCAUAAUCAAUAGCAGCCGGUUCCAUACUCGAGAUCUAGACAACCGUCGUACGAGUCAGAAUAGUGGUGUGCUUACACAAGGGGAUCAUGAAGGAAAAUUGCAUGACUUCUACGGUCACUUGAGCAAGGUGUUGGAAUUUGACUACAUAUGUGAUAAAAAGGUUGUUUUGUUCCAGUGUGAAUGGUAUAACACCGGUAACACUGGUAGAAACAGAAUAAUACGAUUUGAUACAUAUUGCACAAGCAUUGACGUCACAAGUCGGUGGUAUCAAUCUGACCCAUUUAUCCUACCUAGUCAAGCUAAGCAAGUCUUCUAUCUGAAUGAUACCAAAUUAGGUGAACCUUGGAAUGUCGUGCAAAGGGUGCAACAUAGGGGUGUCUUUGAUGUUCCAGACACUAGUGAUGGAGAAUUAUUGGAUCCUUCAGAAAAUAAUGAUGUGUUCCAACAAGAAAACAUUACUGACGUUGUUCCAAUUGACAUUGACCCAAUUGUUCAAUACUGUACAGAUGAUGUUGAAUUCAAUGUUAUUUCAGAAGUAGGGUCAUUAGAUGAGAUAAUGGAAGAGAAUAGAGAUGAUGAAGGAGAUGAAGAACAUAACAUUCCUGAUGUUGAUAUGGAUCCUGAUAUGGAUUAAGAUAUGUAAUUUUUAGUAUAUUACUUUAUUUUCGAACAGAUGUUAUUAAUUAAUGUAAUUUUUAUUUUAUAUGUUUAUGUUACUUUUUGUUUCUUCUUUUAUUUAAUGGUGCAUGAUGACAUUGUCUAUAUUUUUCAAUUAAAGUUGAAUUAUGUUAUAUAGUUGUAGAAAAUGGUCCGAGGCAAAAAACAAUGGCAGAAAUCAGGUGAUUUGAGAACUAAGAAGCUAAUAGAAUAUGAGAAACAAAGAAAUAAGCGAAUCAAGGAGAACUGUGAGGUAAUGAACAAUCUUGGAGUGAAGAAUAUUACAAAUUCUUUAGUGAGUGCGGUUCAACCCAAAUAUGCAAAUGCAAGGGAAAAGGGAAUUAGGGUUGAGGUAGAUGAUGAUAUUGAGUAUAACCCUUCAGAGAGUGAGGAUGACAAUGAUGAUGAGUCAUUGGGUUCCUUUGACCGCGAGGUAUUAUGCACAUUAUUAUAUAUGUGUGUGAACAUGUCUUUUACUAUUUACAUUUCUUCUUCACAUAUCUUACACAUCAUAUUUUUUAAAAAAUAUAUUUUAACUGUUUUAAAUAUCGUUUUUACUGUUUGAUUAUGUUCUUUCAAGAACAAGAGAUGGCACCAAGACUCCGUUUACGAUCUCAUUCAAGGCUAUUAACUCCCACCCCAGAGGAAAUGAUGGAUCCCCUAAGUCAGGAGGUCGGUACCCAACCCUUACCAUCUCAUAAUGUGCAACCUAAGGAUGAGGUGACUGCAUCUAGCAUCGUUGCAUCAGAUAAUAGACAUGGUCGUGGCCCAACACGCAGUAUAGAGGCCCAUCGCAUUGUCGAGAAGGAUGGGAAGAUGUUAGUUCCUACACCUGAACAGUUUCGUGCACCAGUAGGAGACAACACCUCUAAGCU